AUGACCAAGCUGAGUCCUGGAGCCAUCUGCCUGAAAUUGGAGGGGCAAAACCCACCUCCUGCUGCUGCCUAAGAAAAUAUUCACGCAUGAAUGUGCCUUGGUGGCGCAGUAGUCUGAUCAAAAAUGGACAAAAAGCUGCAGUCCUGAACUGUGUGUGCUGUUAGUGAUUUCUAAACAGGGCUCAGUUUAUCUGCUUAAACUCAAAGGAGUUUCAUUGCUCACUGUGUAAUUUUUUUUAAACAUUUGAGGCCAACAACUCGUUGUAUUAGUUGAACAGAAAAUGAAGAGGAAGGUACCUUUGUUUCCAGCUUAUGCAAAAAGAACCUGGUGUGGAAGAAAAUAACUGCAUUUAUUUCUAAUCUGAUCAGGACGAAAACUUCAAGCUUCACAGGACAGGCUAAUCUGUGAGAAGGAACCUGUGAGGCGCUCUCAGCACUGAUGUCACAGGCACAGCAAGAACAUCAUGAGGAGGAGUCAGAUUUCACAAAGUACUGUAUGAGCAGCUCUCUGUGCUGACAGAGUAGACACUAAUCACACAAGGAUUCUGCAUGGGAUGUAAGCAGUAUGCUGAGUCUGAAGUGUCAAAAGGAUGAUGCAGAUUUAAACUCUGGUGUCUCAUGUGACAGGUUGUAUUUGAGAUAGUGGAAGAUUAAAAACAAUCUGUGGGAUUUGAAAAGUAUGAUUUAAUGAAGGCCAUCAUGUAUAUUGGCGGCACAUGCCAAAGCAAUGCACUUCCUGCCUUAAUGAGGCCGCCAGUCCCAGCUAUGCAGCCGGCCUUGGAUGUUAAACCAUUUCUUCCAUUCCCUCUGGACUCUGCCGCUGCGGUCAGCUUAUUCCCCAAUUUUAAUGCGAUGGACCCAGUUCAGAAAGCAGUGAUAAAUCACACGUUUGGGGUUCCUCUUCCUCCAAGAAGAAAACAAGUAAUUUCAUGCAACAUCUGCCAACUAAGAUUUAAUUCUGAUAGCCAAGCCGGGGCACACUACAAAGGCACUAAACAUGCCAAGAAGCUCAAAGCACUGGAGGCCAUGAAAAAUAAGCAGAAAACUGUUACUACCAAGGACAGCGUAAAGACCACCUUCACUUCCAUCACAACCACCACCAUCACUGCCAGCUCUGACAAAGCAGACACCACUCAAGGGGCUGCAACAAUAUCAAAAGUGACAACGCUGGCAAGUGAUAGUGUAACAACGGAAUCCAUUUCCAGGUCAGAAAAAUCCUUCGCAUCCAGCAACUACAACACAGCCCUUUCCAAGGAAACAGAAGAAGAGAAAGCAAAACGGUUACUUUAUUGCUCCCUCUGCAAAGUGGCUGUCAACUCUGCCUCACAAUUGGAAGCACACAACAGUGGAUCGAAGCACAAAACAAUGCUGGAAGCCCGAAAUGGCGGGGGUCCAAUUAAAGCAUUCCCCAGACCAGGCGUCAAAGGGAAAACUUCCAUCAACAAAGGUGUCACUACCGGCCUGCAGAAUAAAACGUUUCACUGUGAAAUCUGUGACGUGCAUGUCAAUUCAGAAACACAACUCAAACAGCACAUAAGCAGCAGAAGACACAAGGAUAGAGCUGCAGGGAAGCCUCCAAAACCCAAAUACAGUCCGUACAACAAGCUUCAAAGGGGUAACAAUGCACUUGCGGUAAGCGCAUGCAUAAAUGCGGUGAAACUGGCCUUUCAGAAAGAACUCUCUAAGCCUCUGGCUGCUCGCCUUUUACCAAACCCAUUCGCUGCAGCAGCAGCUGCUGCUGCUGCAGUGAAUUCACCAUUUGCUUUGCGCUCCAGCCCAGCAGCCACUCUAUUCCAAACAGCAGCCCUUCCUCCAGCUCUCCUUCGACCAGCUCCUGGACCUAUACGGGCAGCGCACACUCCGGUUCUAUUUGCUCCUUACUGACCUGCCUGUGUACAGGAGAGAACAUUAGGAAAGUAAUAAAAUACUGCAAUAAUUCAAACAGAGAACUAUGCAGUGAUAAUCAUGAAAUUAAAUAACACGGAACGAAACUUGCUUUUGCAGUAACCCACGUGGACUUUGAAUAGCUGCAUUUUUAUUCAGCAAAAAGUAAAGCAAUCCUUCCAUAGAAAAAUCUAUUAUACGGAUAUUAUGAGUAGUUUUUUUGUGCUGUAGAAAUGUAUAGAGUCUGCAAACUACCCAUAACAAUCAGCCUUUUUACACAGUAUUUUCAUGUAAUGUUUCCAUGUCUUGUGAAUAGUCUGUAAAUGUGUGUCAGGGCAUUAAACUCAAGUCCUUUAUGUACAUUUAAUUUCUCUCUGUAGGAUAAAACAAAAGAAAAUGGUACACUGUGACAAUUGUCUUCAUUAACUGUCAGCACAGUUCAGCAAGCUUGCUGCUUUCUAUUUACCCAACUAUAAACUUUUAAAUGGUGUCUUGUGAAUUUGUAGCUUUGUGCUGUAUAUCUCUGAUGUAAUAGUAUGUCCAAUAUGAUUUACAAGUGUCAGAAGGAAUGGAAUAGCAGACGAAUCGGUUUACUUUUUAAGCAUCCUAGUAUAUCAUGUUCGGGAAGGUGUGUGACCGUCUUCAAGGAGUUCAUUGUAUAUUUAUUUUCAACUGCAGACAAAGCAGGGUAUUAAAAUGUAUAGGCAAUAUAAAUGCCACACACCUUCUUGUACAUUGUUUUAUAAAGGAUCAUCAUUAUUACAGUUUUCACUUCAUAGGUGACCAAAUUCCAAUUGUGCUUAAUUCUGUUUGUCAGAGCUGAAAUAGUUUGAGUUAGUCUGAAUUAAUUGGAUUUUGUGGAACCGACUGGGGUUUUGCCCACUGGCUUGAGUUGAGGGUGGGUAGGGUAGAAAGGGAAACUUAUCAGUUCUUUGAGUCAGGCCCAAUGAAAUUAACUCCUCUUCAGGCACUUAAUGGGCUGCUGUUUGGCAUUCCCCUGAAAUGAAAGUCCCUAACGUUGGAGGUCCUGCCCACCAAAUCAAAUGCUGGCAAUUAUUCAUUCCUGCUGGUGCAGGUGGAGAUGAGUGCUAACUAGUGCCACUGCAUCCAUCGGAGAUUCAGGAGAGUCGGUAAACCUUAAACCAAAGGUUAGUGAGAGUGAGAGAAAUGUCAUGGGAUGGAGCUCCUGAGACAUGGGGCUGGCAUAGUCCACCAAACAGGUACAGAAUAAUCAUGGAAUCCCUACAGUGCAGAAAGAGAUCAUUUGGUCCAGUGAGCCUGUAUCAACCAUCCAGAGAGCAUCUGACCCACACCCAGCCCUCCACACACUCCCACUAACCCCACAUUUACCAUGCCUAACCCACAUAACCUGGUCACUACGGGGUCAUUUAGCAUGAUAAUCCAUAUAACUUGCAUAUCUUUGGACUGUGGGAGGGAACUGGAACACUUGAAGGAAACUCACGAAGUCACAGGGAGAAUAUGCAAAGCAGCCAAGCACCCAAGGGUGGAAUCAAACUUGGAUCCCUGGCGCUGUGAGGCAGCAGAGCUGACCACUGAGCCACCAUGCUCCCCAGAGAAAGGAUGAACCUCCUUGGGAGACCACCAGCACACCCAAUAGUGUUUGCUGAGUGACCCUCAAAUGAAAGGAAACUCAUGCAUCCCAAUAAAUCAGCAAUGCAUCACUAUAAUGCAGUGAGCUCCCCCAUAAUGGGUGUUAAUUGGCUUAUUAAUGACAUUCGAUCACCGGCAGCUGAGGGAAUCUUGCAUUUGCCCUGUCCGCCCUCCAAGUUCAUCAGAGAUGUUUCUCCUACCGUAUGGAGACUGGAGUACCUCUGCCUAUCCUAUGGGUCUCAGCACAGUGUGUGGCAUUAAAUGCAGCCUGAUAUUUCCAUUCACCUGAAUUGUUGCACUGAGUAAAACAAAAGUACAAGAAAGAUUUUAAUACCUAUACUGGUUGUUCAGCUUUAAGUUUUUGCAUUCUUUCUCUUCAACUGUAUUUUAAACAAGUUUAAAUGGAUUCCAGAUGAAUGAUGAAGCCAUUUCAUCAUGGCUUCAGAAUGAAGUUUUAAUGUUUUCUCUCAAUUCAUCUGUAUGAUUUAUAUGAAUUAAACUUUGCCCUUUCUUUAUUUCUCGCUAUUUGGACAUAAAGUUUACAGUACAGUCAUGCAAUGUCAUAUGCUUCAAAGGAAAGUCUUUAGGAGAUUAACUUUACUUUUUUUUGUUUUAGCUUCUCUGCAUUUUGUUUCAUUCCAACCUCGACAGACUUAAACGUAAAUGUUCACAGCACAACAAAGCUAGGGAGUCAUUUUGUACAUUCUAGCUGUUAAAGCCUGCAGCUUUAUUGCAGACUGUUGAGUAGUUUAGCCAAAUGUAAAUUGUGACAAAGAAAAUGAUGUUUCCAUGUACAGUAAUGUCAAUAAAAGCUUUCCCAACCUUGUAUGUAUCUUCAGUGAUCACAAAAAUCACUACUGCAAAUGAAACUGAUAGCUCAGGUCAAAAUCUUUAAACGUGAUGUAAAAAGGUUUGCUGAAAUAGAAAAUAAUUUGUUAAUAAAGUAUUAGUAUUAACCAAAAA